GAGCGAGUAUCGUCUGCAAGCUGUGAAACGGUUUUACAUUACAAUUACUGGAGUAAAUCAGAAAGACAGGAGUGCGGACCAAAGAGAAUAUAAAAGAUUUUAACAAAACUUUGCUGAAAUCAGUUACUUCAAUUUCCUAUUUGUGGUCAUUGAAGCAGAGACGUACAUUUUCAUUCGAGUGAAUUAGGGGUUUAUUCGUGAAACUGCGCGUUGGGGAUUCCCACGGCCGGAUCUGGGGAAACUGAGAUGAAGCGCUUCACUUUAGCUGAUGACAUAAAAUACAAACAUCCAACGUAAAACCCAGCAAAACCACAACCAAGUCAAAGCGGAAAUUGGAUAAUUCACAUAAUCCAUGUCGUAAGGUUUUGGUUCCUAAAAGAAAUGCGUACAAAACCCGUGUCGUAUCACCUCUACACAGCUAUAUAUACAAAUGUAGUUGACAGUUUCACCAAAGUUAUAAAUCCCUAUUUAUGCCUACAACCACAUUUAUUUACAUAUGGUAAGGAGGGAAUGAAGCCACAAUCCGUCAGAUCUCGUGAUCCAGCCCCAAAGCCGGAUCUGCGGCGCUUUCACAAUUCGGUCUUCUGGCGCAAAUGCUUUCGCGUAAUGGCGGAACAGGGAAGUGCAUUUAAAGAAACCCGGUGUCCCAUCGCAAAAAAGACUAGCUUAUAUGCGCACGGAAAGGCUACGGGCACCUUACUUCACUGCCCGUUUAAUCUCGUGACGGGGGACGGCGGAAGGCUGCAUACUUUCAGUUUGCACGAGUGAACCGGUUAGACUGGUUAUGUAGUAACUGUUUACUGGACAUGGUGUUUUGCUUCGCCGAGGUGAGAUUCUUGCUCAUGAACGCCGCGGUGGGUAAAAAUGCGCUCAGCCCCGGCGUCCUGGUCCGGGCAGCGCACGUUAUACUGACGUGGCUCAUAACGCUGCUCCUCUUCGUCCAGGACACCGAUUUGCGGAGGCAGGAGCAGAGCGGUCACUUGCUGCAGCCUGGCCUCUUCCUCCUACUGGUGCUGCUGUCAGUGCUGCUAUACCUAAGGGUGUCCCUCAUGGACCCGGGCUUCGUACGCUCCGACGCCGGGCCGGAGCUCUCCGCCGGAUUGUCUGUGGAGCUACACCAGAUGCUUCCGCAGCCCUACAGGCGGCGCUGUGGUCGCUGUCUGCUGCAGCAGCCAAUGAGGUCCCGGCACUGCCAGACAUGCCGGUACUGCGUGCGGCGCUAUGACCACCACUGUCCUUGGAUCGAAAACUGCGUUGGCGAGAGGAACCACCGUUGGUUUGUCCUCUACCUGGCGGUGCAGCUGCUGGUGCUGCUCUGGGGCCUCCGAGUAGCCUGCUCGGGGUUUCUUCAAGCCCCCGCCUGGGGACAGUGGCUGGAGCAGAACGGCUUCCUGCUGCUGGCAUCCUCCGCGACGGGCAUCUUCUCCGUGGUGGUGGUUUUGCUACUGGGCUCGCACCUCUACCUGAUCUCCCACAACACCACCACCUGGGAAUUCAUGUCGAGCCACCGCAUCUCCUACCUCAAGCACCGCGUUGACGAGAACCCCUUCGACCGCGGAAUCCUCCGGAACCUGUGGGGGUUCUUCUGUGCACGCCGUGAGAUUGCGUGGGAGGGGGUUUAUGCCAAAGUCAGUGCCAGCCUUGCCUAGCCUUCAGAUAGACCCCCCCCCCACUUGUCUGCUUUGGAAUCCUGUUCCAAAAUGGAUCACCAUGCCUUACUGCCUCUAUCGAGGCUAGACUCUGGCACACUGUGAUUGGAUGACGGGAAGCACUGCUGGUCUGUCUCUCACCGUCAUCUUACUUUUGAGGACAGUAACUUUACCAUGUUACCAUAGUAAGGCCUGCUGUACUGACAGGGAUUAGCUUUGCUAUGGUGUUUGGUGGUUAUCCAAAAGCAAGUAAAAAAAAAAAACUCUGUUAACGCUCUGUUAUGUGGAAAGGCCACUUUAAGGAGAGCCUAACUAGCUUAGUACUUCUGGCCGUCUACAGUUUGAAUCCUAGCAUCAUGAGUUGUUUUAACGACAAGGAAGCCUGAUCCCAGCAAAUGCCGAUUAACUAUCCAUGUAGUGAACAAUUUUUCUGCAAUUAUAACAUAAAUAGGCAUAAGGGACCAGAGUUGUCUAUAAAUGUCAGAUAUCUUAAGUACUUCAUUCUGUGCCUUGUAGCCUGAAUGGCAUUUGAAACCUUUAAAGGGAUUUUAAAGAAAUUUUCACCCCUCAGUAACUCUGACGACAUCGACGAAGAUUCAUUCCAAGAGUCUGAACAUUUCUACUGUUUUUUAGGUUCACACUUGUGCCCUAAUUGUUAUCUCUGUCUUAAAUACUCAAUUGUCUGAGUUUUUGUUUUUAAAAUGACUUUUUUUACUAGCAAAAUAAAUAGUAAGUCUUCC